CCGUCGUUCGUGGCUCGCCGCCAUCGAAUGCGCGCCCAGCGCUUCGAGACUGGGGUUGGCGGGUAUUGCCGACCUCCAGUCCCUUGGCGGCGAGCCAAGCGAGCAACAGCCCUCCUCGUCGUCUGCAGGAGGGCAGCAGAUAGAUCUCUCCCCCCCCCCGGCUUCAUUACCAGCCAAGUCGAUCGAAUGGCCUGGUUUGACGUUUCCGAGGCGCUUGUCGAUACGACGUUCCUGCCAUCGCCAAGGGCUGGCCAUUCGCUGACACUUGUCCCGGAGAAGGGCGUCGCGGCACUCUUCGGGGGAGCAAGUCACGAAGAAGGCCCGCAAAACGACUUGGUUCUUUUUGAGCUCGCCACCAAGCGAUGGAUCCGGCCACCGCAACUACUCUCGAAGCCGCCGCCGCGAUAUGAGCAUGCAGCUUGCUUGGUGCAUCGGCGUGGGAUCCCGACGUUGCUUGUCUUUGGUGGGUCGGACGGCGAGCAGGUUCUCAAUGAUCUGUGGGCAUUCAACUUUGAAUCGUUCUCCUGGUCGCUCCUUGAAGCUCGCGGGACAGCCCCGAGACCCCGGACCCUGCACUCCAUGGGUGCAAUUGCUUCCCAUUCAGACUCGUCCAGGAUCUAUGUUUUCGGAGGAGGCCAGUCCGGAUCCGCGGCCGUCGAUGACGCUGAAAUGUAUUGUCUGGAUGUCGAAAGCCUCCUUUGGGUCCGGUUGACGAACCCUGGGGUCGGGCCACGACCACUACCAAGACAGGGGCACUCCGUGAUCGCCUGUGGCAGCUCGAUCUACAUCUUUGGAGGGCUAAAUGGCGACGUUAGCUUUGGCGAUCUUUGGGCGUUUGAUGUCGGGCGAAGGACUUGGAGAGCCAUUGCACCCGAUGUCACAGGGACUUGGCCUCUGGCUCGAUCGGCUCACUCGGCCACACUCGUCGGUCGCCGCAUCUACGUCAUCGGCGGCAUGAACAGACACCAUGAUCCAAUGGUUCUCGGCGAUAUCUACUCGUUCGACACAGAGACCGAAGCGUGGUCUCGCGAGCCGUCCGAGGGGUCAUCGAGACGCUUGGACCAUGCUGCCUGCUAUUGGUCGCCUGCGGGAGGGUCGAUCGGCAGAGCGAGCGAUACUGGCCUGCAGCUGAUCCCGAUGGAUGCCGUGCCCAGCGGCAUCCUGGUGUUUGGCGGCAUGAAUCUGGACGGCCUCUUCAACGAUCUGCGAGUCUAUGUGAUCUGACAUCGGCACAAGGAUUUACAGUAGCGGGUCGAUUGCUGUCCAGGCUUGGGUAGUCGGACGCAAGCGCCUCUC